CGUUGGGUGACCUUUGGAAUCCUUGUUCUCUUCCUUGUCAAGUAUGGCGGAUUCCCGUGAGUUUGCGAUCGUGGUUUUCGGUGCUUCAGGAUUCACAGGGCAGUUUGUAGCCCGUGAGGUAGCAAAGAAUAGCAAGGGCAAGUUCAAAUGGGCUGUAGCAGGGAGAAACAAAGCAAAACUGGAGAAGGUUUUACGCGAAGCAGCCGAAGAAAUUGGCAAGGAUCUGACACAUGAAGCCAGCAUUAUUAUCGCCAAUGUUGAUGAUGUAGAGUCUCUGAAUCGCAUGUGCUCCAGAACUAAAAUUGUUCUGAACUGUGUGGGACCUUAUCGGUUCUAUGGUGAGCCUGUUGUCAAGGCAGCUGUAGAGAAUGGCUGUCACCAUCUUGAUGUCAGCGGCGAGCCAGAGUUCUUAGAGACCAUGCAGCUCAAGUACCAUGAUUUGGCCAAACAGAAAGGGGUUCACGUGAUUGGGGCAUGUGGGUUUGACAGUAUCCCUGCGGACAUGGGUGUGGCUUUUGCUACUGAACAGUUCCCAGGCAACCUUUGCCAUCUCGAGACGUACAUGUCGAUGCAUAGUGGACCCAAGGGUUUUGUGGGACAUUAUGGUACCUACCAUUCUAUAAUAUAUGGUGUUGCAAGCAACUUUGAAGGCAACCUUAAGAAGGUCAGGAAGCAGCUGUUUCCAAGCAGGAUGCCAACAUUUGGUCCAAAACUUCCUAAAAGGAGUUUUGUUCACUACAGUGAAGCUGUCAAACGGUGGUGUAUUCCCUUCCUUGGCUCUGACCCGUCUAUUGUCCGCCGCUCCAUCCGCCACAAGGCUGAGGUUUUGAGCCAAAAGCCUGUCCAGUUCAGUGCAUAUAUGAUCUGCCCCUCAUUCCUUGCUGUCAUGCUACUCAUGUUUUUUGGCGCUAUAUUUGCAAUGCUCUGUCGUUUCCACUGGGGGAGAAAGUUGCUUGAAAAGUAUCCCAAGGUUUUCUCUCUUGGCUUGUUUUCACAUGAAGGACCCACAAAAGAACAGAUGGAACAAGCAUCCUUCUCGUUGCUCAUGUACGGCUCAGGAUAUGGCAAGAAAACAGCUGAUCUUGACCCACUGCCACCUAAGCCUGACAGUGAGAUCGUGGUGAAAGUGAACGGACCAGAAGCGGGUUAUGUGGCCACGCCCGUGUGUAUCGUUCAGGCCGCCAUGACCGUCUUGGAGGACAAACUGCCGAACAGGGGCGGUGUGCUGACGACUGCUGCGGCGUUUCACGGCACUUCGCUGAUCAACCGGCUAAACGCGAACGGCGUCAAGUACUCUGUCGUCAGUACCUCGCUCGCUGAGUAGUCAACGUAGUGGUGACAGUUGCUAGGGUCGUUGCCAAGGUAAACAAUGGAAAGAAGGACCCGGAAUUUGAGAAUACGCCAAUCCCUUUUAUCUUUGAGUAAUAAAUUAGAAACAUCUGACUAUUCCAUUAAUAAACUAAGGGCUAGGAUGAUGAUAAUUUUUUACGUAAAUAGCACGAUCGCAUAUAAAUUCUCCCCAAUCUACUUAGAAGAGAAACAUUAUCACCGUGAUAGAAGCUGUCCCUUGGAGAUGGGAAGGAAAGGCAGGAAAUUUUAAGGAAGUUCAAUCUAUGAAUCUGGAGCUGUUGGUUUUAUGAUUUAGUUUUUUCGUUGCCACUAAUGUUGAUUCGGGUAGCAAUAUGUUGCUUAGGAAGAUAGUGAGCAAGUCUCGCUAGGGAUAAUUGGUAAUUAAGUCGUUUCAAUGGAUAUUUCCGUUAAGUAAGUUCUCACCUAAGACAGACCUGAGAAUGUUGUUGCUAAGGACGAUUUGUAAGUAUUUCAUUGCUAAGGAAGCUUUUGUGAUUUCGAGAAGACGUAUUCUUGAGGUAAUCUCGUCUCGAGGCGUUUGACAAUGUGGGAACAAUGAAUUUAGCCAUACCACAGAAAAAUUAUAUAUAUGAAAUGUAUUUCUCUAGAGAAAUUGAAUAAGAGGAGCCCUUUCUGGGCGAAAUAUAAUACAUAAAAGUA